AUGGCGAGCGAUCCGAGUUUUGUUCCAAGCAACGUUAAUAUUGAUGUUGAAGGCGAUAUAACUGUACCAGGAGCUCCAGAUGAGGAAGAGGAACCAAGUACACUAGAUGAACCAGUUCUUGAAACACUAAAAAGAGAUUUUAAAAACGUUGGGAAGAAGUUCUUUCAUGUGCUGCUACCGAGACAAAGUAAAACUCUUCUUAGAGAUUGGGAUCUCUGGGGGCCUUUAGUAUUAUGUGUGUUUCUGGCAAUGUUAUUACAGGGUCAUAAAGUAGCAGACAGCAAUAAUGAUGGUGGUCCACAAUUUGCAGAGGUUUUUGUUGUUGUUUGGGUUGGGUCUUUUGUGAUUACUAUUAAUUCAAAGCUCUUAGGAGGUCAAAUUUCUUUUUUCCAGAGUGUCUGUGUUCUUGGUUAUUGUAUCUUUCCGUUAGAUGUUGCUCUUGUAGUGUGCAGAAUUAUCCUUCUUGCCAAGCAAAACCUGGCAUUGUUCAUUGUCAGAUUCCUCAUUGUGAUUUUAGGCUUUGCAUGGGCAACAUUUGCAUCUAUUGUAUUUUUAGGGGAUAGUCAACCUCCAAACAGAAAGGCUCUUGCAGUAUAUCCAAUAUUUUUGUUCUAUUUUGUAAUCAGUUGGAUGAUAAUAUCCAACUCAGGUUGAUUCAAUAUUGUUACAGUGCUGCUAAUUCAUCUUCAGGAGUCUAAUAUCAUACAAAACGUCCUCAGACUUUAAGGUUCCCUAGCUCUGUAGGGCUCUAUAAAAUAUCACUUAUCAUUAACAUAAAGUUAUCAGGUUGUAAUAAUUUAUUCAUUUAUUUAUUGCUUUGACGCACAUUCUGUGUUAGAGUUGUUUUCAUAAAACUUUAGUGUUAUUUUGCACUUUAGUGUUAUUUUGCACUUUAGUGUUAUUUUGCACUUAACAUAUUUUUCUUUUUCUCUGUGUUUUAUUUAAGAACUAUAAAAUGGCUACUUGUGUCUCUGUCCUCUGAUAUAAACACAGUUGCAGUUGAAAAACARGAGAGAAGCAAGCUUACAAACACAAGUGGGUGCUUUUCAACUCUCAUCGUGUUUAUAUCAGAGGUCAGAGUGGCUGUUUUAUAGUUCUUUUAUAAAAUUUUACCACGUUUUUUGAUCAAAAAACAAAUUUUGUUGGUAAGCUGUGAUAAACUGAACGUCAGCCAAUCAGCAUGCAUUAUAUCAAAAAUUAUAUAAAACAUUUUAAUACACUUAAAAAUAC